ACUCCCAUGUACUUCUUUCUCUCUAAUCUUUCCUUUAAUGACAUCUGUUUAAGCACAAGCAUGAUUCCAAAGAUGCUGGUGAACGUCCUAACACAGAGUGAGAGCAUCACUUAUAAAGACUGCUUCUCCCAGCUCUGUUUUGUCUUGGCUUUUACAGUCUUAGAAAAUUGUCUGCUUGCAGUGAUGGCCUAUGACCGCUAUGUGGUCAUCUGCCAUCCUCUCAGGUACACAGUCAUCAUGAACCCCUGCCUGUUUGGACUGCUGACCUUGUUUUCCUUAUUGAUUAGCAUUGUGGAUGCCCUGCUUCACAGUCUGAUGGUGCUGUGGCUGUCCUUCUGCACAGACCUGGAGAUCCCCCACUUUUUCUGUGAACUUGCUCAGAUUAUCAAGCUGUCUUGUUCUGAUAACUUCAUUUAUAACAUCCUGAUAUAUAUAGUGGCUUGCAUAUUUGGUGGUGUUCCCUGCUCUGGAAUCAUUUUCUCUUACGUUCACAUUGUGUCCUCUGUCUUGAGAAUGCCCUCAUCAGGAGGGAAGCAUAAAAACUUUUCCUCCUGUCGGUCUAACCUGUCUGUUGUCUUCUUGUUCUAUGGGACAGCUUUUGGGGUGUACAUUACCUCUGUAUUUACUGACUCUCCCAGAAAGACUGCAGUGGCUUCAGUGAUAUACACUGUGGUCCCUCAAGGGCUGAACCCUUUUGUCUACAGCCUGAGGAACAGGGACAUGAAGGGGACUUUGAGGUAG